CCAGUGACUGCAACUGAGCAAACGUCGAAAGCCGCAAAGUCAAAAAUGCUUGUGGGAAAUGCGGAAAGCAGCGCAGUAACAAUGACAAUGACAGUGGGAGCGACAGAGAGAGAUACAGCAACAACGACGUCGAAAUUAAGCAAUCAAGAUAAUCAAAAUAAGCGCGUCCCUGCAAGCGGUGAUCAUAAGUAUUUAAGGCACGCAAUGCUUGGAAAUUUUAAUCAACAAAAUGUGUUGUGGCGAGCCAAGCAGAAGGCCAACAACAAGCACAACAACAACGACAAUGAUGUAAACAGUUUUUGUGGUAACGCGGGUGAGCUGCGCAACGGACAGCGACUAUUGAGGUUAAAUGGUGAGAUGAACUAUGUCAACAACAUGCAGCAAGCGACAGCAACAACAACAGUUAAAGGCACACGAAAUGUAUGUGAAAUGAAAGUGAAUGAUGCCAGCAACAUGCAUACUUUCAAUAACAACAACACUUCAUGCCAGCAUGUCAUGAAUUAUGAACAACGCCAUGAUAAUGAAGAAUCUCCCAGCUCACAAUUUCAGUUGCCAAUGGCUUGCAAUACAAUACCUACCACACGCACCGCCACGUCAGCGGAUGCAUUAUCAGUGGCGGCAGUUUUGACACGCGAGUCCGCAUUGCUUAAGGGACCAGCAGGAACAAGAAAAACAACAUCAACAUCCAGUUGCACUGAGCUCCUGCCAUCACCACCACCACAACUGCAAACAUCACCACUACCACGACCACCACCAACGCUUGUAGCGCAGCCAUUGUUGAGGCACACAGCUGGUGUAAAAAUGUCGACUAGUCGUUGUGGCAGUAAUGGUGCGCUUGAUGGUGGCUUUGGCAAUAAAAUGCACAGCGAUAGUGGAAGUAUGAGACGAAGAAAGAGAGGAAGAAGAAAAAAUUUCACGCUCAAGCGUCCAAGCUACUUUAAGCGCACAAUGAAAAUAGAAAGUCAAAGUGAAAACGCCAAAAUAUAUGCAACAAUGCAACCGAGUGUGGCUAAAAGCAUCACAAAAGCAACAACACUAAAUUUUGGCGUAUUGACGUCAUUCAUUUUAAAUUCCACAUUGCUGGCGCUGUGUAAUGCCACCGCAGCGACUGCACUGUCAGCAGUGGUGGCGACUCUUAGUGAAACUAUAAGCGACUAUGCGGAUGCUGAUCCUCAACUUCCGCCUGCUAGCGACGCUUGGAGCAAAAUGCAAAAUAUGAGCUUUACCAAUGCUAAUGACAGUUCCGAUGCAAUUGGUAGAUUGGCGUGGAGUAACGGCAGUUUCAAUGGUAGUGAUAUGAAUUUUAACAACAGCGACGCGUGGGAGGAGGAGAGAGAUCGCGAGUAUAUUUUCGAUCGCAUAGAUGUGCGAAUAAUUUUCAUAACACUGUAUACGUUGGUGUUUUGUUGCUGCUUUUUCGGGAAUUUGCUUGUGAUACUCGUCGUAACCUUAUCGCGCCGCUUACGCUCAAUAACGAACUUCUUUCUGGCAAAUUUGGCAUUAGCUGACUUUUGCGUUGGACUAUUUUGUGUGUUGCAAAAUUUAUCAAUUUAUCUUAUAGAGAGCUGGGUUUUUGGCGAAUUCCUCUGUCGCAUGUAUCAGUACGUGCAUUCGCUCAGUUACACUGCGUCGAUUUUCAUACUCGUCGUCAUAUGCAUGGAACGCUAUUUCGCGAUUGUCCAUCCGAUUACGUGCAAGCAAAUUUUAACCGCCGCCAGAUUGAGGUUGGCCAUUUUAAUCGUGUGGGUCGCCUCAGCCCUUUAUUCCACGCCAAAAUUCAUAUUUAGCAAAACCAUCAAGAAUAUUCAUACCAAAGAUGGACAAGAGGAAGAGAUUUGUGUGCUUGAUCGCAAGAUGUUCAACUCGGUAAUAUUGGAUAUGAUCAAUUUUGUUCUUCUCUAUGUUAUACCGCUGCUGGUAAUGACGGUGCUUUACAGCAAAAUUGCCAUCGCUUUGUGGCGCAGUUCGCACGGCCUUUCGCACCAUUCAGUCCCACAGCAUCAGCAGCAGCAGCAGCAGCUUCAACAGUCACAACAACAGCAAGACGAGAGCAUGAGUUUGCAUAAUAGCAUGUAUCAUCAUCAACAUCCUCAUCCACAUCCCCAUCAGAGCAAUCAUCACCAUCAUCAUCAUCAUCACGUGCAACAUAAUCAUCACCCACUGCAGACGGCUGCGCAUAACAUCAAUCAUCAUCACAAUCAUUUACAGCAGACACAAACCGCGCAACCGUUAUCAGGCGUUGCAUUAACGAGUACACCUGUAGUGGGCGUGGUUGGUAUGAGCAGCGGUGAUGUUGUCAUUUGUGGUGCCGCCAGCCAAACGCGCGGUUUAUUGUCGCGUAAGCAGAGCAGCAAAUACGAGAAGCGCGGCGUAAGCAUCACCGAGAGUCAGUACGAAGGCAGCCAGGUUUCACUCGAUUCCAACCGACCCAUUGUAUCGGCAUGCCGCAACGGCAGCAACAACAACAAUGGCAACAGCAGUGGCAUCAGUGGUGGCAGCAUGAAUAGUAACCACAAGAGUAGUUUUAUGCAACAUCAUCAUCAUUCGUCAGCGCAUCCGCAUCCGCACCAGCGAACGCGUGUCACCCAUACGUCGCACUCAUCGAAUGGUGUGUUGCGCGCCAGACGCGGCGUAGUGCGCAUGCUUAUCAUUUUCGUGCUAACCUUUGCUUUAUGUAAUUUGCCCUAUCACGCGCGCAAAAUAUGGCAGUACUGGUCACAUUCAUAUCGUGGUGAUUCGAAUUUUAAUGCACUGCUUACGCCGCUCACCUUUCUCGUCAGCUAUUUCAAUUCGGGUAUUAACCCGCUGCUGUACGCCUUCCUAAGUCGCAACUUUCGCAAAGGUAUGAAGGAGCUGUUGUUAUGCACAUGGAAGAAGGGCAAAGGAAAAUCGUCAUCCAAUUCAUCAGUGCAUCACAAGAGGGUCGCACUGCAGGUAACCCAUUCGCUACCAACUGACACAACGCACAUUGGCAACGAGCAACUAUGAUGGCCCAUACGGCGCAUUCGCGUGCAUCGACGAGUUUUUGGCGCACGUUCUUAAGCAUUUAGCAGCGUACGAUUUGGACGGCUACCAAUUUACAGUUAUAAC